GGAGAGCUUUUCCAAAAGUCCUCCAUCUUCACCAACUUCCUCUAUGAGCACAAAACCCACCCUCUCCUUCAACCUCUCUUCUCAUUCUCUCCCACAACAGACCCAUGUCUGAUCAUAGGAACCCUACCCAGCAUAAUCCCUAUCAUGAUGAUCAGACCGUUGGUUCGAUGGGCUUCCCCUUCUCUAACCAUCCAUCCUUUGCUAACCAGGCACCGGGUGUCUCUGGGUCCCACCAUGCGAAUCUAGACUUACACGGGUUCGAUCCAUCAUCACCUUACAUGAGCUUCACUGAGUAUCUACAUGGAUCAUCUGACUAUGGAACACUCUCAAGAGUGUUCGACUUGUCGUGUUCAUCAUCUGAAGUAUUCAAUUCCGGCGACGCUAGGAGUGGAAUGAAUGAGUUGGGGGAUUCUGUGGGCCAUGUUGGUAAUUCAGUGACGCCGAAUUCUUCAGUUUCUUCAUCGUCGACGGAGGCCGUGGCGGAAGAGGAUUCGGGGAGGAGUAAGAAAGAGCAGCAGCCUAAAGGGUGUGAAAAUGCGAUGGAGAAACCUAAGAAAGUGAAUAAGCCAAGGAAGAAAGGAGAGAAGAAGCAAAGAGAGCCGCGUUUUGCCUUCAUGACUAAGAGUGAGGUCGAUCAUCUGGAAGAUGGAUACCGAUGGAGAAAAUACGGCCAAAAGGCAGUCAAGAACAGCCCUUACCCAAGAAGCUAUUAUCGGUGCACCACCCAGAAAUGUUCGGUGAAGAAACGCGUAGAGAGAUCGUUCCAAGAUCCAGCAAUUGUUAUUACUACAUACGAAGGCCAACACACCCACCAGAGCCCCGCGACGCUUCGAAGCAAUGCUGCAGGAAUGUUGGCACCAUCUAUGUUGGGUUCGAUGACGGCCAUGCCGAGUUUCCACCCAGACCUAUUGACACAAUUGCCUCAAACAAAUGCUCAAGGUGAUUCAAGCUCCAUUUACAUGCAAAACCUAACUCCUCUUCAGCGGCAAUUUCCUGACUAUGGCCUUUUGCAAGAUGUUAUCCCCUCAUUCAUCAGCAAACAGCCAUGAAACCUCUCUUUUUCUCUCUCAUAUGAGAGACGAUAGAGAGACAUUGAACAAUAGAUUCAUGGCAUACGUGCCAAUAUUGUACAUGUGUGAGAUCCGAGGCUUUCAUCAGGUAUGCCGACAAUGAAAUCAGUCUGGUCUACUCAUCGUAUGGAUGUUUAAGGUGACCAACAAACUGUAUUCAGUGCACAAUAUGACCUGACUAAGAAGCGAACGACCAUGAUUUUUGGGCAAGGGCAUACUCAUGGUGAGCCCCACCUGAUGAAUGGCAUGGAUUACACAUGUAAAUUAGCACGUGUGCUGUGAAUUGAAUCUUAGAUCCGCCUAGGUGUGAAUCUCCUCUGCAUUUCUGAUCUCAUAUUGUACAUGUAUUUAAUCCUACAUACAUGAACCGAUACUAGAACCGUAUAAGCAUUAAAUACAUCUUUGUCUUUUUGUUCAA